CUGCGACCAGCUGACGGCGAGUGCAUGCAGGUCUGACUCCUCCUCCGCGGAUUGUGUUCUUAAUUCAGUCGUAAAGCAGGGACGAGUCUGACAGCUGACAACAACAUCAUGGGUAUGAGUCUCCACAAUGCAGCAGAGUCUGGGGAUGUGAGAGAACUGCAGCACCUGCUGGAUUCGGGGGUUGAUGUGUACCACGAAGACCAGCAGAGGCAGACAGCACUCCACAAGGCUGCGGAGAGAGGCCACGAGGAGGCCGUCGUGUUGUUACUGAGAGCUGGCGCAGAUCCCAGUCUCUGCAACAAGUGGGGGAGGACGCCACUGCACCUGGCGGCCAGGGAGGGCCACAGGCGUGCUCUCAGGCUCCUGAUCAGGGCCGGGGCAGCCGUCAAUGCGGUCGACUCGUGGCAGCGCUGUCCUCUCCACCUGGCAGCCAUGAACGGCCAUGACAAGUGUGUCAGGCGCCUGCUGAAGGCAGGGGCCGACGCCGAGGUCGCUGACAACUGGGGAAGGACGGCUCUGCACAUGGCGGCGAAGGACGGUCGUGAACCCACCGUGUGGUGGCUCCUGCACUGCGGGGCAGACUCCGGUGCUGCAGACAACUGGGGGAGGACAGCGUUGCACCUGGCAGCCAAGCAGGGCCACGAGCAGACAGUCAGGUGCCUCCUCUACAUGCGUGCCUACCAUAGCCCUUGCGACAGCUGGCUGAGGACUCCACUCCACCUGGCAGCCAAGAAUGGCCACGUGGAGUGUGGGAAAUGCCUGCUGUCGGCGAGGGCUGACCUCGGCGCCGUCGACAGCUGGCUGCGAACUCCUCUCCACCUGGCAGCGAAGAAAGGCUCUGGGCAGAGCAUCCCCUGGCUGGUCCGAUCAGGGGCUAAUGUUAAUGCGAGGGAUAGUUGGCAGAGGACGCCUCUGCAUCUGGCAGUAAUAUUUGGGAAAGAUAUGACUGUCUUGAACCUCUUGUGCAUGGGAGCUGAUGCUACAUUGUGGGAUAGGUGGCAGAGUACACCUUUGGACUUGGCAACUGCCAAUCGUGAUGAAGUCCUCAUUAGGAUGUUGAUGUAUGCACAAGGAUACGCUGGAAUCUACGCUAUGGACCACAAUUAACAUGCUUUUCACAGGGAUAACAUAAUGAGACCACAGAGACGAUCUAUUCAGUUUUCCAUAGCCUAAGAACAUCCAGUGUAAGUCUCCCUGUCAGUGCAAAGAUGAAUUGAUUCUCCAGUGCUGACAGGGCAAGGUCAUACGAUUUUCAAUAGCACAUCUCACACUGUUGCACCAUGGUUUAAAAAACAAGCUUCAGCUGAAAAAUAAAAUUUAUGUCCAGCUAGACAUGAUUAUCACUUUUCAGAAAAAUGUUCCUUGGCUAUUGAAAAGAUCUACACACAAAAUCCUUCAUUGCAAUGAACACAUUUAUAAACGUCCAUCCACAAAAAAUCGUCGCUCUUAUAUCAAUGUACUUUAGGUAAAAAAAACACAUAAAUGUGGAAAAAAAUAUGAAGAACAGGUGUUGAUGGGCCACAUCUGAAAGACAUGGUGAGCAGGGAGAGGACAAUGAAAUUUUUAUUGCCUUGAUGUGUCUUUAUGUUUAUCACCUUUCAUAAACUAGACGUGGAUGAACAUUUGUAAUUUUAUUUCAUGUAAUGAAAAUUCUAGUGUGUUAAUAUUUCUGAUGAUAAAGCCUUGUUCCUGUAGAGAGACUGUGCCAACAUUUUAUUUUCCAAGCUGAGCACAGUCACAAACGCAUAUCCAUUCAUAGAUAAACUAAAAACACCCAAGUCAAUUAAGUAAUUAAAAACUUUGGCCUAAUGACGGGUUUAACGUUAUAAAACGUGAAGUACAGCUGGUUGUAAUGAACAUAUUCUUUCCCAUCCUUUAUUCAUUCAUGAGUAACAUCUUCACUUGAGACACAACCGAGGACUUCAUUAAACUUCCACAUAAUCCUAUGCUGUUUGGCUCUCCCCACCUCUCGUAGUUUAUGUCCUGGGGUAGCUGGCCUCGCUUACCACUCAAAAAGUCAUGGAACAAUGACUGUCAAUCUGCUACAUUUUCACAGACAUUGUGACUACUUCACCCUCGGUGGCCCGUGGGUUUCUCAUUUUGUCAGUGAAAUGUACAGAAAGUAUCAACUAGACAUGAUCAGUCCUUAGAGUACAAAAUGACACUUUUCUUUCACUCAGAUGGAUUCAUUGUUCUGUUAACAAUAUACACUCAACUUUUCGCCACACAUGCGAAUCUACCAAAUUGCUGGGAAGUUUUUAAAAACCCUAUUCAGUUCAUGUUCACUACGUUAAGCAGUUUACCACAAAGCCUUUUUAUUUUCUAAGCAACCCCUCUCAUGUACUACAGAUAGAACCUUGCAGUACCUUACCUCUGUGUUGUUCAAAUGGCUGCUCACCUUUCAUAUUUACACUUCUUUUAUUGAUACUCUCUACCCUUCUCCUAAUUUUCACCACCACUGAACACAUCCAGCAACUGCGAUAUUCUGUCUCUAUCCAUGCUAAAAAUAGUAUUUCGCAAGGAAGGAAUAGAAUGAUGUAUUGUAAGAAUCAUAGCAGCACAUAGACUCGCAGUUCAGAAGCAUAAACGCUGUGUAGGACCAUAUUAUCCACGAUGCAAACUUCCAGUUCCCACAAUUUUAUUGCUUUUUUUUCAUUCUUAUUAAAGUUUUAUUUAAUUUGUAUAAGAAGAAUUUCCAAUCGCUUACGAGAGCUAGUAAUUUAAGAAGGACGAUUAUUACUUUCUGUUAAGAAGACAACUGUUUUGAAUUUAUUUUUCUACUUCGAAAUAUGCUUCUCUUUGUUUUAUUACUUGUAAUUGCAUUUUGUU